GAAGAUACUGAGGAACAAAGCGGUCUGAUGGAGGUGAAAGAGGAGCGUCCAGAACUGAACGAUGUAGAGGAAAACCAUCAAGAACCUCAUAAUUUCAUAAAUGGAGAAACAUCUGUGACCUCCUCACACACUGACAAGAACUCCUCGCAGAAAAGAAGAUCAUUCCCGUGUGAUCAGUGUGGAAAGAGUUUUGUGCGUAAAGGAGUCCUGAAGGAUCACAUGAAGAUUCACACCGGAGAGAAACCUUAUUUGUGUGAUCAGUGUGGACGGAGAUUCACGCGCAGACAUCUCCUGAACGAACACAUGCGCAGUCACACCGAAGAGAAGCCUCACACGUGCUCUCAGUGUGGGAAGGGUUUCUCACUCAGUGAAGACCUCAAGAUUCACAUGAGCAUCCACACGGGAGAGAAGCCGUUCACAUGUGAUCAGUGUGGAAAGAGCUUCAUGCGUGAAGGAGUGCUGAGCAAGCACAUGCGCAGUCACACCGGAGAGAAACCUCACGUGUGUGUGGAGUGUGGAAAGGGGUUCUCACUUAAAGAAAACCUGAAGUGCCACAUGAGAAUCCACACCGGAGAGAAGCCUUACACAUGCAAGGAGUGCGGAGUCAGCUUUAAAUUUAAAGGAAACCUUAACUAUCACUUACGGAUUCACACUGGAGCCACACCUUUCACGUGUCAUCUGUGUGGGAAGAGUUUCACGCAGCCGGACAGCCUGACGUAUCAUCUGCGCUGUCACGCUGGAGUAAAGCCUUUUAAAUGUGAGCAGUGCGGUAAAGCGUUCAUUCUGGCCUCACACCUGAAGAAGCACAUGAUGGCUCAUGCCAACGAGAGGCCUCACUUCUGUUCUGUUUGUGGAAAGACUUUUUCACGGCUGGACUGUUUUAAAAUGCACCAAAAAGGUCACACCGGUGUGAAAGUUCACGUGUGCUCUGAGUGCGGGAAGAGUUUCAGAAGAGCCGGAGAACUGAAGGGUCACCACAGAGUCCACAGCGGAGAAAAACCCUACAAGUGCUCGCUCUGCAACAAGAGUUUCAGCUCAUCAUGCACUCGACAGAAACAUGUCAGACAGCACUGUCCAAAGAGGGCAAAGUGAACAGUUUGCUGUGACCCUACAAAGAUGAGCAGAAAAAGAGGCCUCAUUAUCUGUAUUGAUUAAUCUUGUGCUUGUAUAUUUAAACACAGAUCGAAUUAAAGUGACUUUGCUCAUACCAGUAUUUUCUGCACGGACCACUGCUCAUAUUUGUUGCAUAAUGAUGCAUUUAAAAGUUAAUGGCCAAACACAUGUUUAUAAUGGUUCACGUUGUUGUUGCAGAUGAAAUAUAACACAGAUAACAUUAAAUGAACAUUUUUGUCAGGCUAAAUGUUGAUUAUUAGUAACUUAUGCCUUUAUCUAAACUGCACAUCCGCCAUGUUUGUAGUUUUUUUUAACACUUUUUAUUCAUGUUUGUAGUUCUGAACUGAAUCCUCCUACAAAGCUCAAUGGAUUGUGGGUAAUAUUAGCCAUUAGAGUGUGCAUGUAUCUACAUUUCACAGAUCGACCUGAAAUAGUUGACCAUCCGGGGAAACUCUUUUCUGCAUACUAUGCUUUGGGACACACUUAAUACGGCUUUAAUUUUUUGUUUGUUUGUUUUUCUGUGAAUUAUGUGUCCCGUUUGUCUUUUUUUUUUUUUUUGCAAAAAAUAAUGACGAUCAUACAUUUUUCCAUGAUUUAGUGACAAAAUGUCAUUCAGUGUAACAAUAGUUGAUGUCAGGUAUACUUAAAACAAGAAUGGUUAUCCUUUAAGUCUAAGUCAUUUUCAAUCUUUGCCACAAUCCAUUGUUCAGCAAUAAGUUUUUAAUCAUGUAAAACAUAAUAAAAUUUAUUAUGAUGA